AUGUCCUUGUGGGAAAAGGUCAGCAGCAAUUCCCAGCUAGUGAUACACCAGAGGACUCACACAGGAGACAAACCCUUUGAAUGUCCUGCCUGUGGGAAAGGUUUCAGUCAGAAGUCCCACCUGUUGAGACACCAGAGGACUCACACAGGAGAGAAACCCUUUGAAUGUCCUGUUUGUGGGAAAAGUUUCGGUCACAAUUCCCACUUGGUGGUACACCAGCGGCUUCACACAGGAGAGAAACCUUUGAAUGUCCUGACUGUGGGAAAGGUUUUCAGUCAGAAUUCCGACCUAGUGAUACACCAGAGGACUCACACAGGAGAGAAACCCUUUGAAUGUCCUGACUGUGGGAAAGGAUUUAGUCGGAAUGCCAAUCUAGUGAUACACCAGAGGACACACACAGGAGAAAAACCCUUUGAAUGUCCUGAAUGUGGGAAAGGUUUCAGUCAGAAUUCCGACCUAGUGAUACACCAGAGGACUCACACAGGAGAAAAACCCUUUGAAUGUCCUGACUGUGGGAAGUGUUUCAGUCAGAAGUCCCACCUGUUGAGACACCAGAGGACUCACACAGGAGAGAAACCCUUUGAAUGUCCUGACUGUGGGAAAGGUUUCAGUCACAAGUCCACCCUGUUGAGACACCAGAGGACUCACACAGGAGAGAAACCUUUGAAUGUCCUGGACUGUGGGAAAGGUUUCAGUCAGAAUUCCCACCUAGUGAUACACCAGAGGACUCACACAGGAGAGAAACCCUUUGAAUGUCCUGACUGUGGGAAAGCUUUCAGUCAGAAUUCUCAACUGAAGACACACCAGAGGACUCACACAGGAGAGAAACCUUUCGAAUGUCCUGACUGUGGGAAAAGUUUCAGUCAGAAUUCCGACCUAGUGACACACCAGAGGACUCACACAGGAGAGAAACCUUUUGAAUGUCCUCACUGUGGGAAAUGUUUCAGUCACAAGUCCAGCUUGUUGAUACACCAGAGGACUCACACGGGAGAGAAACCCUUUGAAUGUCCUGUUUGUGGAAAAAGUUUCAGUCACAAUUCCCACCUGGUGGUACACCAGAGGACUCACACGGAAGAGAAACUCUUUGAAUGUCCUGACUGUGGGAAAAGUUUCAGUCACAAUUCCGACCUGGUGGUACAUCAGAGGACUCACACAGGAGAGAAACCUUUUGAAUGUCGUGACUGUGGGAAAAGUUUCAGUAACAGGUCCAACCUGGUGACACACCAGAGGACUCACACGGGAGAGAAACCCUUUGAAUGUCCUGUCUGUGGGAAAUGUUUCAGUCACAAGUCCAGCCUGUUGAUACACCAGAGGACUCACACAGGAGAGAAACUAUAGGAGUGUCCGAUUUGUGGGACAAGUUUCAGUUCCAAUUUCUGCCAGGUACAAGACUUGAGGACUCACACAGGAGAGAAAUCAUAUCCUUGUCUGCUGCUUUUUCACGCUUCUGAUGGGCCGCUUAUGCUUGUAGCCGAAUGAGAAGAAAGACACCGGACAAAUCCUUCUUGUGAUAAGCU